GCAUUUACUUAUGAGUUUAGAGGCGGAAAUAAUACUUGAAAAUCUUUUUCUUUUCAGGAAAUAGAAAAGUUUGUACCAAUGAUUGUGCUGGGGUGGAUGAGGUGUGACAAUCUUUUUCGACUGUUUUCAACCUUCACCAUUGGUGUGUAACCACCUAGAGCUCCUCCCUUCUAACCUUCCGAUUGGAGUAGAAAGGAGAAGCUCUUCUCCUAUUGGAGAAAUCCAUUGUUGUGUGAGUUGAACAAAGUCCGACAAACGAACAGACCGACAUAAGGUGAUGCAAACACAGGACUGUCGUAUCCUUAGUCCUGAAUAGUCUUGAUGGCCAUUUUGUGCCCAGAGGAAAAUUCAGAUUCACAGGAGGAUGUCCUCAAAACGGAAAAGUCCACCAACUAAAUUGCCAGCGGAUGGACUACAGAACGAAGAUCUUCAAUCUGAAAUUGAAGAUAUAUUUAGAGCAGAUCUAGAAGAUGAACAGAAUGCAGAAUCCAAAGAACUAUUAAAUAAUAAUAAUACUUUUGACUCUUUUAAAGUGCGACACAGAAGAGCAUCUCUUGACCAAGAUUCUUGUGACAGUCUAGCUAGUGACGGAAUGAUUCUUACAUCCUCUAGGAAACAUAGGUUAUUGUUAAGUGUUUCUUCUACUAGAUCUGAAACUACAACAGACUCCGAUUCAGAAUCUUGUCUUAAUAAUAGUUUUGCCUGCGAUUUUUUGCAAAAACCUCCUCUUUUAGAAAAUAACGGUCCUCACAACAGUCAAAUACAUUACCCAUCACAGCAGGAGAUUAUUUUCUCUCCUGAUCAAGGUAAAAGGACUAUGGAUGAUGUACUAAGAAGACUUACAACAUCUUCUUCUGGUGAAAAUGAAUAUUUUAACACGAGUCCUUCUAUCAGGAUACCACCUGCAAUUAAUGAAGCGCCAUUAAGUAUGAUGGAAAGCGAUUGCUUACGUUUAGCCUUAUCAGGAGACAAUAUCAAAGAAAAAGAACGUUGCCUUACUGACAUGAUCAAUCAGCUACAACAUCUUAAAGAACAGCUUGUCACCCAACAACAGGAGCGUCCAAUUUUUCAAUAUAAGGAGAAAGAAUUGAGGCAGCAGUUGAAAGUAAGUCUUAUUUAUUUUCAUAUUUUACAGUAAAAAGAAAUUUUAUCCAAAAAUAUAUAGUCUCUUUCAAGUUUUGCUAUUC